AUUUAGUAUUUUCUCUUCCUCGCGUUCAGAUCUGUUCCUUAUCCGCUCAGUAACCUACUCUACCCCGUUCCCUUCACCAUUUCAACGAUGGCUGCUCCCGACGUCGCUGCCACCCCCGGCGCGCAGACCGGCAAGGUGAAGUGGUUCAACAGCACCAAGGGCUUCGGGUUCAUCACGCCGGACGACGGUGGCGAGGAGCUCUUCGUGCACCAGACGAGCAUCAAGGCCGAGGGCUUCCGCAGCCUCGACGAGGGCGAGGCCGUCGAGUUCACCAUCGAGACCAGCGAGGACGGCCGCACCAAGGCCGUUAACGUCACCGGCCCGGGCGGAUCCUACGUUAAGGGCGCUCCCAGGCGUGAUGGGUAUGGCGGCGGCGGUGGACGCUUCGGCGGCGGUGGCUUCGGCGGCCGUGGCGGUGGACGCUUUGGCGGCGGCCGCGGCGGCGGAAGGUUCGGCGGCGGUCCCGGCGUGUGCUACAACUGCAACAUGCCCGGGCACAUUGCUCGCGACUGCCCGACGCCUGCUAUGGGUGGUGCCCCCGGCGGCGGCGCUCCCCGCACGUGCUACACCUGCAACCAGCCCGGCCACAUCGCUCGCGACUGCCCUCAGGCUGCUCAAUGAGGAAAUACCCUUUUGAGACGUUUCCAUACAACGCUCCAAUUCUGCCGCAUCUUGCUGCCUUCAAUCCGCGUCUACCUUUCUCUCCCACCAGCUGCUGCCCUUUUUUCGGUUUUCCCUGCCCACGUAGACUUUGGGUUUAUUCCGUACGGAGUGAUGAUGAGUAUGCUUUCGUUUGUUUGUCGGGGAAGAGGAUUGGUUGCGGAUCGCGUGUGAGAUGUGCCAGUUUUCAGCUCGCCGGCUUCGAAACUCGCUGAUUGGUCGACUUCGCUUCGGAACGACUAUCGGCGACUCAAAGGUGGCCUAUGUCCGAAGAAAGGGCUCGUCAAGUGUUCCGAUCUCUCGGCAUCCUGUCAAGAGGACUGUCACUCGUGAAAGUCCUGGCCUGGACGUGAGCUGGCGUCAUAGCAGGCUAUCAGCUGCUGCUGCUGCGAGCUUUCAGGAGGGUUUUGGCGGUUUCGUGUGUAUUUCGGUUUCUCUUGGGGUUUCUAUUUUCAAUUGUCGGUGCAGGAAACACCGUCUGCAGUGAAUAUGGUCAGGAUUCCAUUCUCUUGAGUUGGACUUGUUGGCUGGUUAUGGAGGUUCUGCGCCCUGCCCAUUUGUUGUGAUAGCUUCACGAUUAAUGGAGAUUUCCUGCUCUU